GCCUCAAUGAAUUUCUGUCCAUGGCCAACAGCACAAUAAUUUCUCAGGUUGGUAACGGGGUCUGAAGAUCGUUGUGCUCGUUUGUGGAACUUAUCCAGGGGCGAGUGCUGCGGGAUUCUACCGAACCAUAAGGACGCGGUUCGACACGUCGCCAUGGAUGAUCAACGGAUGGUCGUUGUGGCCUACGACGAAAUUUACGUCUAUGACAUGUCGUCGGAGAAACCCAUCUACACAAGGAAGACCCAAACUUCCAUAUUCAAGCUCGAAUACUUUGAUGGUAUCGCACUCGUAGCAGUUCACAGCUCGUCGAUCGGUCUAACAUUGGACAUUAUGAAGGGUCAGUGGAUCUCAAUCAUCGACUUGGAGGACUUCACCCGGUACAUAUGUGCGAGCUCAAAUCGGAUGAUCACGGGCAAUUUGAAGGGGACGAUCAAACUCUGGGACAUUCGAAGUGGGAAGUGUUUACGCCGACACGAGAACGCAAAUCCGGUUUCGGCUGUCGCCUUGAGACUCUCCUUCAUGAUCACGUGCUGCUUGGAGGGGGAUGUGUUCCUCUUUGACUACGGGAACGGCCAACUGAUUCGGCGCCUCUUUACCAUCGGCUAUUCUUGGGUGAGGAAGUUCACCACCUUCGUGGCCGACGACACUAAAAUUGUCGUUCCCCUCAAGGGUUGCAAACCUAACGACUGUCUAGCGAUUUUCCACUUCGACAGCGACGACUACCAGCCCCGCGAACGCUCGAAACCUCUCGAACUUAUUCAGCCUCAACUCACGUACAGAUUCGCGAAACGAAUCCACUUAGAACGGAAAACUUCCAACGGAUUGCAUUGA